CGGGGUAGGGCGGAGUGCUCACACUGUGGGAGCCGUGGCCUUGGGAGUUCUGAGCGGAGGGAAGUCGCGAAGCGGUGAGGACGAAGGGUGUUCGGCGGCCCGCCACACACCACCGGAGCAGACCGCGGGGACCAGACUGGCCCGCUGCCGAGGCCCCGCCUCUUGGACCUCGGGACUAAUCGGAUUGAAAGCGCGCCGGCCCCGGGCCCCGAACUCGCCAAUUGAGGAGGACGGCUGUCACCGCCCAAUCCGGGGCAGACAGGUGCGAGGUCCGGAAGGUGGAGGCCAAUCGGCAGCGGUUGCGGCCUGCGGGGGCAAGAUUCAGCCAAUGAGGAGGCUCGAGUGACAGCUGAGCGCGCCAAUCGAGAGUGAGAAACGAUCGUGCCCGCCCACCCUUCCGGCCGGAGCUCUAUUUACCAGGGGCGUGCAGCUCGCUUGCCAAUCAGAGUGCCGCUGAGCUGCCGGACAGCCAACCCCAGAGGAGCGGCCGGUUGGCGGCCGCCGCACUGAGGAGUUGGGAUGUCCUACAAACCUAUCGCGCCCGCCCCCAGCAGUACCCCGGGCUCCAGCACCCCCGGGCCAGGCACCCCGGUCCCUACAGCCGGGAGUGUCCCAUCGCCAUCGGGCUCAGUGCCAGGAGCUGCCGCACCUUUCAGACCACUGUUUAACGACUUUGGUCCGCCCUCCAUGGGGUAUGUACAGGCGAUGAAGCCACCUGGUUCCCAGGGCUCUCAGAGCACCUACACGGACCUGCUGUCUGUCAUAGAGGAGAUGGGCAAAGAGAUCCGGCCCACCUAUGCUGGUAGCAAGAGUGCCAUGGAGCGCCUGAAGAGAGGCAUCAUCCACGCUCGGGCACUAGUCAGAGAGUGCUUGGCAGAGACAGAACGCAAUGCCCGCACGUAACAGGAAGCACCUUGACCUCAUCGUCGGGACCUUUCUGGCCACUGCAGAGCUCCCGCUUCUCCCUGGCCUUCGCGCCCCAAGUUGCUUCCUAUCCUGGGCUUCCUGUCCUGUGUCUCUUGGUGGGCACCCUCCAGGAACCAGGUAGCAGAUCUUCGUCCAGUUGGCUGUACAAACUGGUCUCCUCCCUCUGUGGGAGUACUGGGAGGCCACUGGAAGUCCCUUCCAUGACCUGCUCACAGUGCUGAUCUGACGGGAGCUUGCUCCUCUCUGUGGCCCCACCACACAGCACUUACUCCUAAACUCUUAGCCCAGGCCACCUCCUGCCUCUUCACCAGGAGUGCAGAAGAUUUCCUGCCUCAUCUCUGGGGCCACAGCCGACUCUCUUUUUGGUGUGUCUUUUACUAAAUAUGCCCUUUUUGUAUAAAUAAAAGAUGCUUUGGAGUCAUUC